AAGUACAACUUACCUAAUUUCGGCGCAUGCGCUUUCUCAACACAACAAUCAUGUCUUCUCGAAUACUGGGAUCUGCCAGUCCUUUGACUAAAUAUCUCUGUCGUUCCCAGCAGGUGGUCUUCCCAGGAUGGAGGGCAGCCUCAACACAAGCUGAGAGGAAGGUCAAGGUCAAUGUGCCAGAGACGGUGGUAUCCACACUCCCUAAUGGAAUGACAGUAGCAACAGAGAGUCUGGGCACGCCCACAUGUACUGUUGGUCUGUGGAUUGAUGUCGGGAGUCGAUAUGAGACAGCCAAAAACAACGGGGUGGCUCACUUCUUAGAACACAUGUUCUUCAAGGGGACAGGAAAACGGUCGCGAACUCAGUUAGAGUUAGAGGUAGAGAACAUGGGGGCCCAUCUGAACGCCUACACAUCAAGGGAGACCACUGUGUUCUACGCUAAAUGUUUAUCCAAAGACGUAGAAAAAGCCAUGGACAUCCUGUCCGACAUUAUACAGAACAGUAAACUAGACGAGCAGGACGUGGAACGAGAGAGGGACGUGAUUCUGAGGGAAAUGGAGGAAGUAGAAACCAACAUGCAGGAAGUGAUAUUUGACCACCUACACGCCACGGCCUACCAAGGCACACCGUUAGGACGGACGAUUCUAGGACCUACACAGAAUAUCAAAUCCCUAAAGAGGCAGGAUCUGACCAACUUUAUAAAAACUCACUACACACCCUCCCGCUUUGUCCUCGCUGGGGCUGGAGGUGUUGAACAUCAGAAAUUGAAAGAUCUUGGAGAGAAGUACUUUGGAAACCUCGGUAAAACUGAUGACACUUCGCUACAGAAAGACGUAUCGUUCAAAGAGCCGUGCCGCUUCACAGGGGGAGAUGUGAGGAUCCGUGAUGACUUCAUGCCGCUCUGUCACGUGGCUAUCGCCGUGGAGACAUGCGGGUGGAAGGACCCUGACAACAUCCCGCUGAUGAUCGCUAACAUGGCCUGCGGGAGCUGGGACCGCUCAAUGAUGGGGGGUAAAGACCUAGUCAGUCUGCUAGCAACGAAAUUCGCCGGCAACCCAGCCGCUCACAGCUUUAUGUCCUUCAACACGAACUACUCUGACACGGGACUCUGGGGAGCAUAUUUCAUUGGAGAGGGACAACACAUGCAGAAAAUUACAGACUAUAUAACAACUGAAUGGGUGAGAAUUUGUCAGAUGAUAUCAGAUGUGGAGGUGGAACGAGCUAAAAAUGUACUCAAGGCCAAUAUGAGGCUGCAGCUGGAUGGGACCACGCCCAUCUGUGAAGAUAUUGGCAGACAAAUGUUGGCUUAUGGAAGACGGGUUCCCCUAGAAGAGAUGGAGUAUAGAAUUGAUGCUGUUACCCCCCAGAAGGUUAAAGACACAUGUAUGAAAUAUAUCUAUGACAGAUGUCCAGCUUUAGCCACAGUCGGACCCUGUGGUGCCGUACCAGACUACCCCUCACUCAGAGCCGACUUCUAUUGGUUACGAUACUGAACAUGCCUUGCCUAGGGAUUUUAUAAACAAUUUAAAGGAUGACAUGCUGGAAUCCGGAAGGAAAGUGAGAUAGAUGUGUACACAGUGACAUAUAAACUCAGACAUUCAUGUGAUGUGUUAUGUUAAGUAUGAUGAUUUCAAUAAAUUAUUGUUUCUACAAGGUUUUAA